AUGGCGGCUGCCUGGAUGCAAGCUCGCGGCCUCGACUGCGCCCGCGCUCCGGCGCCGUGGGCCCGGAGGAGACGGCCGCCGGGGCGCGCCCCCGCCCGCGCCGCGGCGAAGGGAGCGCGGGAGCUCUUGCCCCAGACCCUGUCGUCCUCCCGGUCCAGCCACGCCAGCCUCCUCAUUGCUCUCCAAACCCGCCCCACCCACUCCCACCCCAGGGCCAGCGGCUCCCUGGAUCCCUGGCUUUCUGGAUUAGUGUUCUCUGGUGAGCAGGAGGAGGGUGACAGCGCCCCCAUUCUGCACCCCAGCUAUGUGGGCUGGAAGCGCAUGCAAGUGGAGCGCCCCGAGAAGGCCGUGCCCCGAGUGAGGAACCUGGUGGAGGCCGACUACUCCCACUGGACGAUGGCUUACGUGCUCUCCCAGCAAGGUGCCCACAAGCUGCUGGCCGCCCGGCCGCUCGCCAAGAUGCUGCCCGUCGACGAGUUCCUGCCCAUCAUGUUCGACAAGCACCCAGUGUCCGAGUACAAGAGCCACUUCUCCCCCCGCAACCUGCGCGCCUUCUCCGUGGAGCCCCUGCUCGUCUACCCCACACACUACACGGGGGACAAUGGGUAUGUGAGUGACACAGAGACCUCGGUCGUGUGGGACAACGAGCACGUCAAGACCGACUGGGACCGUGCCAAAUCCCAGAAGAUGCGGGAGCAGCAGGCCCUGAGCCGCGAGGCCAAGAACUCAGAUGUGCUGCAGUCGCCGCUGGACAGCGCGGCCCGUGAUGAGCUCUGAGGGGCGGCCGCCCCAGGCCCGGCCUCUGCCUGCUCACCAGGGACAGCGGGGCCCCUGUGGAGCCCUGGCAGGCCACGAGGGCUCUCCAGGCAGGGCGGCGGCCUGCCCGUUUUCGCUCAGCAAUCACGUGCACGCAGGCAGCAUUAAUGGAGUGCCUACUGUAUGCCAGGAACAGGGCUCGGCACCGGGGCAUUGGGUGGGAGCAAUCCAUCGUUCAGCUCUUCGUGCGCUCGAAACUUUUCAAGCAUUUACUGUGUACCGGUUUCCUGUGCUUUGGCAGCAAAUGACGCGUUCUUAUCCCCUCA